GUCGCGUGCCGUAGCGAGAGGCAGCCGCCCCCGGACGUCGACGGGGUGCUCCAGGGAACACCCUCCAGGGAACGCCCUCCAGGAAACACCCUCCGGGGAACACCCUCCGGGGAACACCUUCCGGGGAACACCCUCCGGGACGCACCGCAACCACACUCUCGGCGCGCAGCGACCAUCCGCGAGCACGCGCCCGAACCGGCAGCACCACCAGAACGACCGACUGAACGCCGUGCACGCCGUGCCGGCCGCCUGGACACCCUACUCCUCCGCCAGGCCCAAGGACCGACAGGCAUGAGCCGGGCCGUGCUGCUGGUGUGCCUGGCGCUGUCCGGCUGGGCGUGCCCCGGCGCGCAGGCCCUGCAGGCCGCCCAGGGCGCCGCAGCCGUCGACGCCGCGGCCGGCGACAUGGACGCCCUCAAGCCCUACCCCUUCUACGGGGUCGCCGGCUUCUACAAGCGGCUGCCGGCCCAGUACAACUUCGGGCUGGGCAAGCGGGCGGCGGACUACGAGGAUGACGCCGUGGAGGAGGAUGAAGCGGCCCUGACGGACGACCAGCUGGACGACUCCCUGGAGGCCGAGAAGCGCAGCAGAUCGUACGAGUUCGGGCUGGGCAAGCGGCGGGCCUACGACUUCGGGCUGGGCAAGCGCGCUCGGGCCUACGAGUUCGGGCUCGGCAAACGGCGGGCAUACGACUUCGGGCUGGGCAAACGCGCCAGGACCUACGAGUUCGGGCUCGGCAAACGGCGGGCCUACGACUUCGGGCUGGGCAAGAGGGCACCCCAGCCCUACAGCUUCGGCCUGGGCAAGCGGCGGGCCUACGACUUUGGGCUGGGCAAGAGGUCCGGCGACCGCAAGCUCUACUCGUUCGGGCUGGGCAAGCGGCUGCCGAACGGAGAGCGGAGAUACGCCUUCGGACUCGGAAAGAGGUCGAGCGAUCAGGCCGACGGCGAGGAGCCGCAGUCCGCCGUCACCGAGGCCAGCGCCGUCGCCAGCGUGGUCGGCAAGCGGGAGGUGGCGGACAAGGAGCUGCGGCAGGUGGCCGCCGAGACCCAGGCCGAGACCCAGGACGACGCAGCGGUGCCCGCGGCGCACGCGGCCUCGGCGAGGGCCAAGCGCGCCGCGCCCUACAGCUUCGGCCUGGGCAAGCGCGCUGACGAGGAGCCCGAGGAAGUGGUGGUGGCGGACGACGACGACGAGCAGCACGGCCCGCUCACCCUGGAGGACCUGCUGGACGACGAGGAGCUGUUGGCGGUGCGGCCCGCGCGCGCCAAGCAGUACGGCUUCGGGCUGGGCAAGCGCUACCAGUACAGCGACAAGAGGGGCCCGCGCCAGCAGUACAGCUUCGGCCUGGGCCGCCGGAGCAUGCAGUACAACUUCGGCAUCGGCAAGCGGAGCGUGGACAGCGCCGACGCCCCCGCCGCCCCCGCCGCCCCCGACGCCCCCGCGGAGCGCUGAGGCGGCGGGGGGUGGGGGGAGGGGCGGGAGGGGCGAACACCUUCACUUGACGGGCGGGGCGACACCGAAGCAGCGUAGAACCGGUGGGACGCCGUGAGCCACUCGGUUCAGCAGUAGAUUUGAACCAGUUUCAUGUUCGUAGAGCAGCCUUCACUUUUCUGAUUUCUCGCCGUUUUCAACUCUGAAGUUGCGGGUCACUCUUCCACGCCGUCGUUGUAGAGCGGGCGUCUUUUCCUGUCAGUCUAGCGGUGUCGCGCUGCACGCUGCCCCAAAUCGUUUUGUUUUCUCUCUCGCACUCUCGGCCCGGUCCCUGCGGGCGGGGCGGGGGCGAGGGCUGGGCGCUGCGGGCGGCUAAGCCGGGCGGCUGGCUCGGCACCACCCCGGGAGAGCUACCUGUUUUGAAUAAUGGAAGCCUGUACAGAAUCACAUUCCGUUCUUUCUAUUUCUUUCUUGUUUCAGGAAACGUGUAUCCAUUUCGAUGUCAAUUUCCCUGUUUUGUCCUAACCGCUUCCUCUCAAAAAUAAAAAUAAAAAAAGUUUUUGCACGUGUGUUUUAUUGGGCAAUUUUGUGAUUCCGUUCUGGACUAGUUGAUUGGUUUGCCGAAAAUUAACUCCGCUGUACUUAAUCAGCCAGUCAAUAAUGCUAAAUAAUAUUAUUAUGACUGUUACUAAAGUAAUUAAUAAGAAAGUAUACCUCCGUGAAUCCUUUCUUCAAUACGUAGAGUCCAGUUCAAAAUACCUUAGUCAAGGUUAUGCAUAUCCCUCUGUAAAAUAUACUUCUUGUUAAACACGUCCACCGCCCACUGGGCUGGUUUGUUUUGUUUUGUUGUGGAAAGGAGUCGCUGGAGUAAAAAAAAAUGAAAGAAAGAAGAGGGUUGUGCCUGACGUCUAGCCACAGGUCCAAGUCCUGCCAGAGCAAGGCCAAUGUUUCUGCAAGUGGUUAAGUCCUAGGAGUUCCUGAGUCCCUCUCGUAACUGUCAUCCCACUGUCAAACCAUGUGUGGAGGAUUUACUCACACUUCCUUGUGGGGAGAAAUGCUCUGUACUUGGACGUAAGGAGGUAACAGUGUCCACACUUCAAGUGUGUAAUCGCUCGCAAAGCCCCCAUUUCUGAGCACGGAAGUGUGGAGGUUUCAAACACUGGUCUGCUUACAAAUGCUGAAAAUUCCACAGCUCCGCCGUACAAGUGUGGACUUCACCACACUUGGUCUUACAGUGCCCCGACGGAACCACUUGCCGCCUCGUCUCGCAGAACUUGAGAGUGCCGUGUGUCGUUUUGCACUACUUGACAGUGUACAUGUCGGACUGAUUGGUGGGGGAUGGUCGAUUUUACUUAACUGUAUUGCUUUGAAGAUUGAUUAGAAUAACGACUACGUUACGGCUAGAUAUCCGAUUUUCAAUUAUUUCUUAGACGUAUGUCAUCCCUUUAGUUUCAAAAUCGCCGGUUCAUUUUUGAUCAGAGUUAUCUCAUAUUUUAUGAAGAAUAAAAAUGUUGAUUACACACUA